GAUUGGACGAUUAAGGGGAGCCGCCGUAUCCCCGCCUUUUUGGGGGCUUCGAAUGAGUGACUCUCCUUUCGUCUUCGCCUCCCAUCCAGACUCGCUUCUCCUUUCUUUGCAGCCUGCACUGCCACUUUUGAUGCUGUUGUUUGUCUCGAAUUGGGAGCAUCACCUCCCCAGAUCAGGUCUCACGUACUUUUGUACAGCUACUCCUAUCCGGAGAACUUCCUGCACGCCAACUACACCCCUCAUCCCACCUUACCUAAGCUCCUCCCCUCCCUCCCAUUUCCGUCCACCAUGACGGACCGACCGAUGGAUACGGUUGCAGACAGCAAUUCCAGUGGAUCAAACGUUGCAUCUCCCAGAUCUAGCACGGAUUCUCGCACUCCAUCCGCCAGCGUUCGGUCACUCCGCCUCUCCUCGCACGCUCCGAAUCAUCAGCACCGUCAGAGCAUCAGCGAUACUCUCCGUGCGACCCCGGGGUCGCCGCGGGCACGCCGACAGCCCUCCUUGACCCAGGCCGCCAUUCAGAGUCUCAUCGACAAUCCGCCGGCCCCGAACAAUGCCAACCCCGCGUUUGUCGGCCGAGACUGGCGGGAGAUCUCCAUCGGGGAGCUGGUCAGUCCAGACGACCUGAAGUUCGUCGAUAUAGACACGGGAAUUGAAGAAGCGACGAAUAUCUUGAUUGACACCGGGGCGCCGGUGCUGCUGAUCCGGGAAUCACCCCAGCACAAGUCGGCCGUGGGCACCUUCGACUACGCCGAUCUGAACGCAUAUCUCCUGCUAGCGGCGGGACUAACACAGCCGAAUGAGGAGCUCCUUGCGUCGUACGAAGAACUCGCCCGCAAAGCGAAAGAAGGCAUUCCGAUUCCGCUGCGAGAUGUCAAGGAUCUCGGUCGCAAAGAACCGCUGACGACGUUGCCGGCAUCGGCCAGUGUCAUGACCGCUGUACAGACGUUCGGCGGCGGGGUGCAUCGCGUGGUAGUGGUCAGCGAGCGGGACGACAAUGAGGUUGUGGGCAUUUUUAGUCAAUUCCGACUGGUCAAGUUCCUGUGGGAGAAUGGCCGCAGCUUUCCUGUGAUCGACCAGCUGUAUCCGCAGUCGCUGCAUGACCUGCGGAUCGGGUCGCGAGAUGUGAUUUCAAUCAAUGGUGACCGGCCGCUCGUUGAGGCGCUGCAGAUCAUGAAUGAGGAGGGCAUCUCGUCUAUCGCAGUGGUGGACAACCACUCCAACGUCGUGGGCAACAUCUCCACGACAGAUGUCAAGCUCCUCACGCGCUCAUCAUCGCUUCCACUACUCCGCAAUACAUGCACGCAUUUCAUUUCCGUGAUUCUGUCGAAUCGCGGCUUGGAAGAGGGCAAAGACUCGUUCCCGGUCUUUCACGUGAACCCAGGGUCGACACUAGCGCACACCGUCGCCAAGGUGGUCGCCACCCGGUCCCAUCGCCUCUGGGUGACCGAUCCGCUAUCGCCAUCCUCAUCAGGACCUCCUACACCAUCGCACUCAUCCGUGCAUAUCCCACUGGUCACAAACUCGAGUCCACCCCCUUCACCAGCCGUCAAUAACGGCAAUGCGGCGCCAGCGGCAUACCUCAGCGCGCCGUCGAUCCCGGCCUCGGCGCUACCCGGGGCACGGCUUUCGGGGCGGCUAGUCGGGGUUGUGAGUCUAACGGACAUCCUGAACCUGCACGCGCGGGCGAGCGGACUCAGUCCGGCGGACCCAGCCGAGAGCCGUAGCCGACGACGACGCAGCAGCAGUUCGAGCGUGGGGGUGCGACGUAGCGGCGAGAUAGGUCGGGAACUGUUCAGCGGGCGAAUUGUAUAGCCCGUUCUUUUUUUCCCUUAUUAUUUUUUUUUUACCUCUUUUUUCCUUUUCUAGUAUUUACU